ACUCUUCCACUGCCACAUUUUUCAGUGUCGGUCACUCAGUUCACCAUUAACGAAUUACCCUUCUUUCUUUCUUCUUCUGUUGUGUUCAAUUGUUUUAGCAAGAUGACGAUGAAAAAGUCCGUUGUGUCUGCAGUGGUGCUUGUGGCACUCCUUCUGAUCGAUGUGGGACCUCUGGCUCAGGCUGCUUGCUCCCCAGCCGAGUUAUCACCGUGUCUUCCGGCAAUCACUUCCGGCUCUUCACCCUCAGGUGCUUGCUGUACGAAGCUGAAGCAGCAAAAACCAUGCUUAUGUGGUUACCUCCAAAACCCUUCCCUUAAGCAGUAUGUCAAUUCUCCUAAUGCCAAAAAGGUCCUUAGUGCUUGUGGGGUUCCCUACCCAAAGUGCUAAAUACGCAGACAAAUUUAAUAACACGGUUUAAUUUAUACACAUGCUUUCUGUGUAUAAGUUAAGCUUGCAUACGCUGUCACUCUACGUUUCUGUCGUAUUAUACGUUGCUGUCUUUGGACGUGUUGUAAGAGUUCUACAGCUGAAUAUGGUGUAUACACUACUAGUAUACAUGUUGUAUUCACCAGGAAUCAUCUAUAUCUGUCUUCUUCACUGCUAUAAAUAAAGAACUACUGAUGUUCAGAGUG